AAUACUUGUUAGUCGUAGCCUGCACUAGCUUCUCUCUCUUUCUCUCUUUUCUCAGUUUCUCAGCGUUUUCCUUUACCUGUGUGUGUUGAGAAAAAAAGAAGAAGCUAAAAUCCUCUGAAUCCUCUUCUCUGAUUCCCAUCACAGUGUUCUUUUGUUUUUAUUUUUCUAUUUUAUUUUUCUAUUUCGUUGUCUUUCUAUGUUCAUUCCAUUGUGAUGGGUGCUGCCGUGGAUUGUUAUGCGCCGCCGCCGCCGCGUAGGGAUGAGAUCGCAGUGUUGUCUCUAAAUUCGUUGCCGUUGGGUUUUCGAUUCCGUCCCACCGACGAGGAGCUCGUGGAUUACUAUUUGCGCCAAAAGAUCAAUGGAAAUGGAGCUGAUGUUUGGGUAAUUCGCGAAAUUGAUGUUUGCAGAUGGGAGCCAUGGGAUUUGCCUGAUUUGUCGGUGGUAAGGAACAAGGAUCCAGAGUGGUUCUUCUUCUGUCCUCAAGACCGCAAGUAUCCAAAUGGACACAGGUUGAACCGAGCAACGAGUCAUGGUUAUUGGAAGGCAACGGGCAAGGAUCGUAGGAUUAAGUCUGGUUCCACCUUGAUUGGAAUGAAGAAGACUUUAGUUUUCUACACUGGUCGUGCUCCCAAAGGGAAGAGGACCAAUUGGGUUAUGCAUGAGUACAGGCCUACCCUCAAGGAGCUUGAUGGCACCAAUCCUGGACAGAAUCCAUAUGUUCUCUGUCGAUUAUUUAAGAAACAAGAUGAGAGUCUUGAAGCUUCAAACUGUGACGAAGUGGAGCAGACUGCUUCAACUCCUACAACUGCCAAUAACUCUCCAGAAGAAAUACAAUCUGAUCCAACUCUCGUUCCAGUGUCUUCCUCACAGGCCACAGAAGACGAUAAGCACCUAGUAGUUAUCGCUGAGAACUCUGAGGAAGCAAUAUCCAACGUUAUAACCCCAGUUGAUUGCCAUAGCAACGGCUGUGAUGCUUAUGAUGCACUAAAUCAAAUUGUACAGCCGGCUGCAGAGGAGGAUCAGCUAUUGAACUUGGACAUAUUUUAUGACCUAAAUGGGCAAUGGGAUGACAAAUUAUUCUCCCCACUCAACGUGAUUCCACCAGAAUUUUAUUAUCAAGCAAACAAUGAAUUAGAUGGCUGUUGUGGGCCGCAACAUCAGUAUGGUACAAAUGAGACUAAUAUUUUAGACUACUUUGAUUCGGUUGUUAAUUGGGAUGAGUGCUCCUAUGAGCGGUCCAGCUGUCUAAAGCCGAACUCAACUGUGCUUGAUGUUGAGGACAAUGGAUCAUGCAUUGACUCCGAUGUGGGAAUGGCCAAUAUGAGGCUUCGACAAUCAUUACAUGGUACUUAUCCUAAGGAGGCAAUUGAACAGAAGAGCGAUGUAGGAUUAUUUCAGAACAAUUCCCAGAUGGCUUUGUCAACUGAUGUUAGUAUGGGCCAAGUGUACAAUGAUUACGAGCAAUCAAGGAACUAUGAUACGGUUGACACUGGAAUCAGGAUAAGGAAUCGACAAGGACGAAAUGAACCGGAUAUGGUUCAAAACCCUAUGAUGGGGCAAGGUGAUGCACCAAGAAGAUUACGAUUGGUUGUUGCGCAUCAGCUUGAUUCCAAUGAGACGGCAAAAGAUGGGAGUUGUACACCAGAAGACCAUGAUUCAAAAACCACCAUUGCUGGGGAGAGGGAAGCUUCAGAAAACCAUGCUGCUGUUGAGAAUGCCUCUGAUGCUGAUGCUAAUGAUGUGGAUGAACAGGAGAAGACAUCUCCUCAGUCAGCUGAAACAAGAAAGAUUUCUCAGCAACAUGUUGCAACUGCGGAAUCCAUCUUUGGGUUAAAAGACUUUUUAUUGGAGGAGAGAAGGGUCCGUUACACAUCAAAGGCUUCCACCAAUCGUGCUAUGUGGUCUUCUGUUCUUGCAGUUUCCGCCAUUGUACUGGUCUUACUAGUAGUCGUUGUUAAUAUAUGCGGAUAUCUUAGAAUUUCUACUGCGUACUAGGAGAUCAUUCCUCUCUGCGGAAUUUGCCUCCAUUGCUUUUUUGGGCCAGUUAAGGAGGCGUGUAGGGUUGACUUAUUGUAAGAAUAUAUAACAUAUAAAUAUGUGCAUAUGGUAGUCGUUGCAAAAUCUGGUAACCUAGUCGUCAUUUAGUGUUUAGACUCGCGUUGCCGCUGUUGGAUUCAGUUUCACCGUUUCAAUUUUGUUUUGGGAUUGAAUUUAGUUUAUCCUCUUGGUUAUGGCCUUAUGGGUGAUAUAAGUAGGGGUGUAAACUGGCUUAGAUUAGGUUGAAUUUUGACUUACUAAUAUUUUAUGU